AUGUCGAUCCCUGCAAAAAGAUCUCACGAUGGUGGGGUAGAUAAAUCAUCAAAGAAGACCAAGAAAUCAAAUCUCUGGUUCAACAAGAGCAACACACGGCAAUGGAGCUACAGGCGUGUUAUUGAGAGAGGCGACGCGGGAAUGUUUGUCACGUCCAACCGGGGAAAGGAGGCGAAAUGCGUGUCCGAGAUCAUAGACUUACUCUACCAAGACCUUGAAGGCCAAAGCCUUCGAGUUAAAACAACAAAUCGUGGAGAAUCAUCUACUUCGGAUGCGGAUUGUACACAACAAGUAGAGAAGGAAGAUGACGAUAUCGAGGCCCAAAUUCGCAAAGAAAUAGAUGACAUGAAACCAAAUAAGAGCACCAAAAAAGACAGCAAUACUUUCCAAGCAGUGAAACUGGACAUACCUUGCCUCUCCUUCAUAAAAAUCGACAAAACGCUCGAUCCGGUCCAAAUUGCCCAUCGCAUUUGCAAAGACGCGUCGGAAGAUCCAGCCAAAAAGCGCAGCCGAUGGAUCCAGCGAAUAACGCCCGUAACACUAACGCAGAAGGUCCUCGGGGGUGGCCUUGAGCAAUUAUCGCGCGAGGUUCUGAAACCACACUUCCACUCUGGCGGGCCGUCGAAAAAGGUAGGAAGAAUUCCCCGGGGGGUUUUCACAAGCUAUCGCGAUACAAUUCCCCUUUUUAAGAAACCCCAUGGUUUUCCCAUUCCACUGCAUCCCAUUGGCCCUGUCUUCUUCCCUCCAAAUCACAACGCAAAGUCCCCCAACUAUGCUCUCCCACAUCCCUAA